ACUUCUGUUCAAGCACUGAGAGGCAAAGUGACCAAAGUGGAAAAGGAUGAACCUCUUUUUCCUUUCCGGGCAUAUAUCAUUUGCUAUUGAGUUUGUGUUGCAAAAUUUUCUGCAAGAAUUCAAGAGAAUAUUUAUUGAUUCGGUAAGCACAAGUACUGAAAAGGCAUUGCCAGAGUGCUAAUUGACAGAACUCUUACAUGGGUUAGGAUUUAGUUUCCCUGUAACUUCUAAACCAAUGGAGAGAAAAUGGGAAGCAAAACUGAAGCAAAUUGAAGAACAAGCAUCUCGUUAUAAGAGGAAACCGUUGCCCUCGGUAUACAGACCAAGAUUGUCCAAGCCAGAAGAACCACCUUCCAUUUGGAAACUAUUCCAUCGGCAAACUCAGGCUUUUAAUUUUGUUAAAAGCUGUAAAGAGGAUGUUCACGUAUUUGCUUUGGAAUACAAAGUGGGCGAUGGGCAACGUAUUUACCUGGUGACAACCUAUGCUCAACUUUGGUUUUAUUACAAAUCCCGGAAAAAUCUCUUACACUGCUAUGAAGUCAUUCCUGAAAAUGCUGUGUGCAAGCUUUAUUUUGAUUUGGAAUUUAACAAACUUGCCAAUCCAGAAGCUGAUGGAAAAAAGAUGGUUGCAUUACUCAUUGAGCAUGUUUGUAAAGCACUUCAAGAGCUAUACAGGGUUAAUUGUUCACCUGAAGAUGUUUUCAACUUGGAUUCCAGCACUGAUGAAAAAUUUAGCCGUCAUCUAAUAUUUCAGCUUCAUGAUGUGGCAUUUAAAGAUAACAUUCAUGUUGGUAAUUUUGUGAGAAAAAUUUUGCAGCCUGCUUUUCAUUUAAUUGGCAGGGAAGAUGACGAUAGUACUUCAGAGACCGCGGGCCAUGAAUUUUCCCAUUUUCCUGAAACGCCAAUUAAACAAGGAAUUUCCUGUAGCAAAACGUCCUCAGAUACAGACAGAGGAGAGAGCUGGGCCUGGAAUUCAAAGGAACGGGAGAGCCCGGGCUCAGCUGAGCUAAACAGUCCUGACCUAUCAUUUUUAGUUGUGAAGAAUAAUGUAGGAGAAAAGCAUCUUUUCGUAGACCUCGGAGUUUAUACAAGAAAUAGAAACUUCCGGCUGUAUAAGUCAUCGAAGAUAGGGAAGCAGGUGGCUUUGGAGAUUGCUGAAGACAACAGAUUUUUUCCUGAACAGUCUAAGAAUAUUUCUGAAGAAAAUCAGUAUUUCCUGUCUUCUUUGGUCAGCAAUGUCAGAUUCUCAGAUACUUUACGAAUUCUGACCUGUGACACAUCUCAGAAUGAACAGAAACGAGUUGAAUAUUUUAACAGUACCAGCACUAAAGCAGGAAACAUUGAAGGUUUUCAUUGUUCUCCCUACCCUGAAAUUGACCAGUUUGUUCUUUCUUUGGUGAAUAAAAAUGGCAUUAAAGGAGGAAUUCGACACUGGAGCUACUUUUUCCCAGAGGAAUUACUGGUUUAUGAUAUUUGUAAAUAUCGCUGGUGCAGAAACAUCGGGAGGGCCCACAAGAGCAAUAAUAUCAUGAUUUUGGUUGAUCUGAAAAAUGAAGUUUGGUAUCAGAAAUGUCAUGACCCUGUAUGUAAAGCAGAAAACUUCAGAUCGGACUGUUUUCCAUUACCUGCUGAAGUGAGUCUCCUGUAUCUUCUCAAAGAGGAAGAAGAGUUCACAGCAGCUGAAACAAUGAACAGCGACACCAGAAGUGCUCAGAAGCCGCCAUCGGGCCUGUUGUCAGAAGGUGCCAUUUCUGACGCCGACUGGGAUGAUGGCCUUGACGAGACUGACUUCGUGGAAGCUACUGAAGAUGCCGAACUCGCCGAAGCCGCAGAGAGCGGGCUCCUCGGUUACUGCGGUGGAGAGGAGGACAUUCCCGAUGAACUCAUCGUGCAGGGCAACAGCAAAAGCGCAGACCAAAGGCCUUCCCUCUGCCCAUCUGCCAAGGUCCAGUACAACCCGUGGAAAAAUUAUCCGAGUGCCUGGAUGAAAAAUGCACGGGUGAACUACUUUUAACUACUUUCUUUCUGUGUCUUAGUUUCUUACCUGUAAAAUAAAAAGGGAUGGCUUGAAUUUAAUGACAAAAAAAGGUAUAGGCUACCAAUUUUUUAUUCUCUUAAAGACAAAAAGCAGCUGUCCUCCAAUACAAUUUUUAGAAGAGUCCUUUUAACAGUUGUGUCUGUUGAACAAAUGCAGCAUUAUGGAAAGACAAGGGCUGUGGUCACAGGCGCAGGGCUGGCAUUCAGUCUGCGACAUGAGAUCCUGGCCCCCCCACUUCCUCGAGUGGGACUGUGGGUAGGUACCUCUCCCCCAGGCCAGAGCCUUUCCACCUGUCAAGUCAGAAUAACCAGACACUGCGUUUUUCUUUCUAGGCCUUUUCAAGAUAUACUUUUCAAUGUCUAGAAUUAUAUCUAAAAAAGGAACCAAGAGGCUGGUCUUUAACUAAAAUGUCUUUUUCUUAUUAAACAGACAUCAUAACCCAUCUCCCAGGAUUAUGGGGAUAACAAGCAAAUAUCUGAAGCCUUCAGGCCAGUGCCCAGCGCACCCAGGAAGCUUGUUCAAAUGUGGUUUUCUUUAGGCCUGAGCCCCUGGAAACUUUGCCCCAGUCCGGCACCAGGCCCAGGCGGGACAGGGAAGCCAACGCGCUGGACCCUCUCCCAAAC